CCCAGGAGUUCAAUCCCCGCGCCGUUGUGCAGAGGAACUACAACAUGGCCAGGAUUUCGGGGGUCUGGUAUUCUAUUUUCAUGGCCUCAGAUGACCUGAAUCGGAUUAAAGAAAACGGGGACUUGCGGGUCUUCGUCCGGAAUAUAGAACAUUUGAAGAAUGGCAGCCUAAAAUUUGAUUUCGAAUUCAUGGUGCAGGGGGAGUGUGUGGCCGUGGUCGUGGUCUGCGAGAAGACAGAGAAGAAUGGGGAAUACUCCAUCAACUAUGAGGGCGAGAACACGGUGGCCGUCUCAGAGACUGACUACAGGCUGUUCAUCACCUUCCACCUCCAGAACUUCAGGAACGGGACCGAGACCCACGCGCUGGCACUCUACGCACGGGUCCCACAGCUGGAACCCGCCUUCCUGAGCAGAUUUGAAGAAACCUGCAAAAAGUACGGACUCGGCCCACAAAACAUCGUCGACUUGACCAACGAAGAUCACUGCUACUCCAAGCGUUAG